AAGUGAAUCAAAAAAAUAAAUUAAAAAAACAAAAAGUAUCUAAAUGAACUUAGUUUUUUUUGACUGUGGACCGGUUUAACUGAAAUGGCAUUAAAUUUGAAAGGUUUUUGGUUAAUACGUGCCCCAAAAGACCCAGAAAUUUAUGAAAUAUUUCUUGUUAAUCAAAAAUAAACAAAUAAUGUCCUUUUUUCUAUAAAAGAAAAAUUAAUUUAGUGCAAUUGUCCCUAAAAAAAAAACACACAAAAAAACGUGAAUAGACUUUUUAAAGAAAAGACUGAACUUUUUUAAGUGAUUCUUUUUUUGACGGUUAUUUUGUGAAGAUUUGCUAUAAUUUUUGUGUUUAAAGAUUUUUUUUUUUAAAUAUUUAAAAAAUAAAAAUUUGAAAAAAUGGCAGUGCCAUUUUAUGUGCCAGAACAUGACGAUGGUAGUAAUGAUGGAACAAGUUCAUCAUCUUCAAGCCAAUCGCCAAAUACAACAACAUCAGCAACACAAACUCCAUUGCAGAGUCCUGUCAAUGGUGAACAUUUGGUUAUGGCAUUUUGUGAAGCUUUAUACAGGUGCUCAAUAAAUGGUUCUCCAGUAUUUCAAUUCCCGCCACCACCAAGUCCCUCGUGCAGUGCUCAUAGUCCUGGCUCAUAUACCGGAGGAGAUGUGUUCUUUCCACGUGGACGUAGUACGCCAAGAUCACCAAGGAAUAGCUUUGGCGAUGAGGCGGCAUUCUUUCGCCAACAACAACAACAACCACAACAGACCCCGAGAUUAAAUCGCCAUACAACAGAUGCUGCCAGACGUUCAAGGCUAACAUCAACUGGAGAGGAUGAUAAUGAAUGCCUUAGCGAGCAUGAAACUAGUUGGGAUGAGUUCGAUGAACGUUAUGAUAAUUUUACAGCGGGCCGUGAACGUUUACAAGAGUUCAAUGGCCGAAUACCGCCACGUAAAAAAAAAAAGGACAUCCCAAAACCUAAACCCAAGUCGAAGGAGCAAAGCUUUACUUGGCCAACCGUUGUCACAGUUUUCGUUGUUGCCAUGGGUUGUGGUUUUCUUGUUGCUCGAUGACUUUAAAACCUAAUAGAAAAAUUUUAAAAACUAACCCCCAAAACUUUCGAUUGGAAGAAUAUUAUUAAUUCAACAUUCAGAAAUGAAAUUAAAUUAUACAUUGGAAAAGAAAAACAUUUAAUUUUAUUUGAAAAAGAAAAAUUGGAAAUACAUUUAUUUUCCAUUUUUAAAAAAUCUGAAUGAUAAAAAAAAAACUCCACUAACAUCAACAAAUAAAAGACAAAAAGGAAAACAAAAAUAUAUUAUAACAAUAUCCUGCCCGCGUGAGCCCACCAACAACACAAAAGAGGACUCCUACAAAAUAAAUAAGUAUUGAAUUUUUAUUAAUUUUGUAUUUAUAUGUUUUUAUAAAUUUAAAACUAACAAUAAAUACAAAAAAAAAAACACAACAACAACAAAUACAAACUCUUACGUACAAAUUAUUAAGAAAUAAAACUAACAAUUUACACAAAAAUAAUAAUAAACAAGCAACAAAAAAAAAACAAUACAAAUUUAAAUAUUUUAUACGAUGAAUUUUUCGAAUAUUUUUUUUUCUUCAACUACAUUUAU